AUGGCCACCCAUCGAUUUCUGCAACUUGAAAAGCAUUUACUGCGUUCAGAAGAACUGAUGCAACGUUAUUCAACUGGCAUUCAAGAAUAUUUCGACUUGAAUCAAAUAGUUUCAUCCACAUCAACAGAAGAAGAACGUUUCCCUGCCACAAGCACAAACCAAUCAGCAGUUACUGCGUGUGUAUUGCCACAUCAUGCGGUUAUACGUGAGGACAAGCUAACUACGAAACUUCGUAUUGUAUUCGACGCCUCAUCGAAAACGUCAAAUGGGAAAUCACUAAAUGAUAUUCUAUGCAUAGGGCCGGCACUUCAGAAUGAACUCCCGGCAGUUAUUUUGAACUGGAGGUUCUACGAAUUCGUGUUCAACGCUGACGUGCAAAAAAUGUACAGAUGUAUCGACAUGCAUCCGGAUGACAUUCCUUAUCAAAAGAUAGUGUGGCGUGACAAUAAACGGUGUUUACAAGAAUAUUGUCUAACCACGGUUACAUUUAGCACAGCUUCAGCUCCGUGCACUGCGAUCAGUGUCAUUCAUCGAAUAGCCGAUGAUGAAAAACAACGCUUCCCUCUGGCAGAGAACGUGUUAAAAGAGGAAAUGUACGUUGACGAUGUUCAAUCUGGCGGUUAUUCCCUAGAAUCAGCCAUCAAGAAACGAGAUCAAGGGAAGGCAGCUCUCGCGUCAGCGGGCAUGGAAUUGAGGAAGUGGGCAAGUAAUCACCCAGUAUUACUCGAAUCCAUUCCGCUCGAACAUCAGUACAGUGGCACCUUACUUGAGCUCCACAGCGACGAAGUAGUCAAGACAUUAGCAAAAACUGCAUCUCAUAGGCAGUAUCGAUAUCGGCCAGAUUAUUUACAGAGGUAUGAUGACAAUGAGUUCAUCAAGAGGUUUCGAUUAUCAAAACCUACCUUUCGGUACUGUUCUAUAUCACCACGCACAAAACUAAUGCUAGCGCUCAGAUUCUAUGCCAGCGGAAGUUUCCUAAUAACCGUUGGAGAUUUUUGUGGGGUAAGCGUAUCUACAGCAAGCCGAGCAGUUAAAGAAGUGUCGUUUGCUCUGGCUGCUUUAUACAAGGAUUUCAUUCAACUUCCAAGCGAUCCUACUCAGACGGUGGCAGAAUUUUUCCAAAUAGCUAAAUUCCCCAAAGUCAUCGGAGUUAUUGAUUGCACACAUGUUCGAGUACAAUCACCCGGUGGUGGCAAUGCAGAAAUUUUUCGAAAUAGAAAAGGAUACUUUUCGAUCAAUGUCCAGGCAAUGUGCAAUGCAAAUUUGAUGUUCCUAGAUUUGGUGGUAAGGUGGCCUGGUUCCGCACACGAUUACAACAUUUUCCGCAAUAGCCGUCUUAAGUUUUGUAUGGAAGAAGGACAUUUUAGUAAUUAUUUUAUCCUUGGCGAUAGUGGCUACAAGCAAACUCAUUACCUGAUGACUCCAUUAGUGAACCCAUCAAAUGCACCGGAAAGACUUUACAAUGAGUCACAAAUCCGCACGCGGAUUUCAAUUGAGAGAUGCUUUGGCGUAUGGAAAAGACGUUUUCCAGUAUUGUCGAUAGGACUGCGAAUAUCAAUAAACUCCACAAUGGCUGUUAUAGUCGCAUGUGGUGUUCUGCAUAACAUUGCAGUACUUUCAAAAGACCCACUUCCUCCUAUGGAUGAACUGAGUCUGCUGGAGAUUCCAGAAGAUGCCGCAGAAAAUAAUUCAGUGGAGAUAAAUUCUAACUCUGUUGCAAGAAACCGACUAAUACAAAACUAUUUUGCUAGAUUAUAAAACCAUCAACCAAAAGAAAAAAUAGCUAAAUGGAGUUCUAUGAGCAUAUGCACAUUAAAAAGAUACCAACCCUUUCCAAUGUAAUUUUUCAAAUAAAAGGUCUAUCAGUUUACAUUUAUGUUAAAUUUA